AUGACUGUAGCCGACUUGGUAUCUCCUACAACAUCUCCCACACAAAGAAAAUCAAGCUUGCCCGCUGAUCCCAGUGGUGGAGAGACCUUCAAGUUCCAGGACAAACUGCCGAAACUACCUAUUCCUGAGUUGGAAAACACUGCUGAGAAGUAUCUUGCUGCUCUGCAGCCAUUGCAAACAGAAGAGGAGCAUAUAGAAACUAAAUUAGCCGUUCAAGAAUUCCUUCAAAGAGAAGGACCAGAGCUUCAAGCUAAAUUACAAACCUACGCUACGGAUAAAUCUUCUUACAUUGAAGAGUUUUGGUACGAUUCCUACCUGCAACAUACUGACCCAGUGGUAUUGAACUUGAACCCCUUCUUUUUGCUCGAAGACGACCCAACGCCAUUGCGCAAUGACCAAAUUGUGAGAGCCUCGUCACUCAUCUUUUCCACCGUGAUCUUUAUCGAAGCAUUGCGAUCCAAGAACCUGGAGCCUGAUGUGUUUCGAGGCACCCCUCUCUGUAUGUCUCAAUUUGGACGCCUGUUCUCCACCGCACGGGUGCCUACAAGAGACGGUUGCUACAUUGCACCAGCUGACGAUGCCAGGCACAUUGUAGUCAUGGCUCAAUCACAGUUUUAUCAUUUCGAAGUGUUUGACGAACAGGGCAGAAUUGCUUUGACUGAAAAGGAGAUUUCAGCCAAUUUGCGAGCAAUUAGCAAAGAUGCAGCCAUGACCCCUGCUUCUGCUAUCUCUCAAAACGCAAUGGGUGUAUUGACAACAGAAAACCGGCUGAAUUGGGCCAGAUUGAGAGAAGAAUUGCAGUCGGAUGAAACCAAUGGUGAAGCGCUUCGAGUGAUUGAUAGUGCUCUCUUUAUUGUUUGUCUUGAUCACGUUGAACCCGCUGACACCAACGAAUUGAGUACCAACAUGUUGUGUGGUACUUACCGUCUUGUUGACGGCAUGCAAGUGGGAACUUGUACGAAUAGAUGGUAUGAUAAGCUUCAGAUUAUCGUCUGCAAAAAUGGUAGUGCAGGCAUCAAUUUCGAGCACACUGGUGUGGAUGGUCAUACAGUGCUCCGUUAUGUAUCAGACAUCUAUACAGAAACCAUCCUUCGUUUUGCUAAAACCAUCAACAGCCAGACCAAAUCCAUCUUCCAUUCCUACAAGAGAGACGGUCAAAACAAGCCAGGCAAUGUGGGGUCCAUUGACAUCAACCCACGCAAGAUUGAGUGGAAUUUAACCGAGCCACUUCGCUUGGGAAUACGUUUUGCAGAGACUCGUCUGAGUGAUUUGAUUUUACAAAACGAAGUAAAGGUUCUUGAGUUUAACAAGUACGGUAAAUACUUUAUCACUGACAUGAAGAUGAGUCCCGAUGCCUUUGUUCAGAUGGCCUUCCAAGCUGCUUAUUACGGCCUUUAUGGCAAGAGCGAAUGUACCUAUGAGCCUGCCAUGACCAAGACAUUUUUACAUGGCCGCACUGAAGCUAUCCGAAGUGUGUCUAAUGCCUCUGUCAAUUUUGUAAAGGUCUUUUAUUCAAAGACUGCCACAAGUCAUGAGAAAUUGGAAGCGCUUCGCAGUGGUCUCAAGUACCACACCAAGCUGACGCGAGAGUGCUCUAUGGGCUUGGGUCAAGAUCGUCAUUUGUACGCAUUGGAGUGUGUGUGGGAUAGACUGCACAAGGAUCAAAAGAAACCUCGAAUCUUCACUGACCGUGGAUGGAAGACUUUGAACCAUACUGUCAUUAGCACAUCCAACUGCGGCAAUCCUGCUCUGCGUUUAUUCGGCUUUGGACCUACUGUAUCAGAUGGUUUUGGCAUUGGCUACAUUAUCAAAGAAGAUGGCAUUGCUUUUGUUGCUUCUUCAAAACAUAGACAAACACAAAGAUUUUUAGACACACUCAAGACGUAUUUAACGGAUGUACAAGCCUUGCUAUUGAAAGAAAAGUACCCUACCGGUAUUUCUCAACGCCAACGCGUCUUGGAGAUGCAAGAAGCUGAAAUGGACAACAGCAAUGGCUAUAGCUACUUUGAUAAUGGUGAUCUCGUGAAAUUAGCUAAUGACAAUCUCAGUAAUGGCAGUGAAACUGAUAUUUCCAGUCUCAGUGCUUCUCCUCCACGCAAUACCCAACAGCGAAAGAAGGUUGGAAAACGUCUCGUGUUGCAUGAAACAGAUGAAUAA